GUUCGAGUUGAGUGAGACGGCUUUACAAUGGCCACGGCUACCGGGCAUCGGAUGGAGUCGAACACCGGGAUGGGACCGCGCAAGACCAUGAUCAUCAUGGUGACGGUCGUCGGGUGCGUCGCCAUACUGUGGCCCAAGGUUUUCUACCCCAUGAUGGUUGGCAAUGGCCAGAACAAAAAUGUCAUCAAGGACCAUCGAGGAGCCGGUUGUUGCGGCGUAGUCUUGGACCAGGAAACGUUCGCCAACGCAUCGAUCAGCUAUGCCGCCAGUCAGCAGCAGCAGCAACAGCAGCAGGAACAGAAUCUAUUCCGCAAGCGAAACUUUGCACCUUACGUCGACAUUGAUAGUAUACGACAGGAACGACCACCUCAUUUGCGGCCAGAAGCGAUGCAUCCUGCUAUGCGCGAACGUGGUCGAGCGAUCCCCCAAUCCGGCUCCAUACACGGCGGAGAACGUCCCCAGUCCGCUCCCAGAAUAGUGGAAGGCAGGCCCGGUCCCAUACCUGGUAUGCGCCCACCUAUGGGAGCUGGAUCACAUCAAGCAACAAAAUCAGCCAACUCAAUGGGUUUCAUAAUGCCACUCUAUACCAUCGGUAUAGUUUCAUUCUUCAUCUACACCAUCAUGAAACUAAUCUUCAAGAAGUCACCGGCUACGCCGUACGCGGAGGUGAAGCCGGAUCCGGCGUUCCGCAACGAAGUGUUUACCACGGAGCAAUACAUUAAGCGACCGGACGACGGUACGACGAAACUAGACCAAUCACAUGUAACGGCAGCCGCCACGAACGGUGAGCUCAUUGUUCCGGUUGCCGUUUCGUCGGUCGGUAGCGCAGUUAUCUCGGCCGAACCUGCUUCCGUGCAGUCAGAACUGUCGAUUGACUACGAGCAGCUGUCCAAGCAGAAGGAAUUUACAAAGCCCGACGAAAGCAUUGCUGUCGAACAAACCCCACUGGACCACGAACCCGCGGUGCAGGGUGAAAGAAUUGAAUCGACUGAAGCCGUGCCUGAGGAACGGGCAGAGGUCUUCUUUAGCGCACAGCAACCGGCACACGAUCCCACUACCGAAAAGGUAGUCGAUGGAAUCGUUGUGCAGAAGGUUGUUGCUGUUGAAGAGUUUGCCGCGCUGCCCUCUCAGUCUACGUUGGAAGAUGUUGAGGAAUCAAAGAUCCAGGAAGACAGUGUGCUUAAAGUCGUUAAUGGAGUGACGACAAGUGACGACAUUAUUGACUUGUCAGAACAUCACGAGAAUGAGCAGGUGCAUGAUGAAGUUGACGUUAUUGAGCCCGUAAUCGAAGAAGUAAUGCUAGUCCAACAAACAUCAAUGCAAACUGCAGCUAUUGCACUCAGUAAGGAAGAGCCCACGAUCACGCCAGAACCGAUUGAUGAACCGGACGUAGCUCAACCGAUGAAACAUGUUGCAGAACCAACACCAGUUGAUGAAGUGGCAAAUCUCGCAACCAAGGAAAAUGGUCUGUACGAAACGCUAACGGAAGAAUUGAAGGAUGAGAUACAGGAGCGUACACCAAUGCUCGAGGAGUUAAGCGAGAAGAGUGAUGUGUUGGAUGUACCAUCGUCUAAUGAACCCGUACACGAACCACAGAUUCUUGAAGAAAGUGCUGCCGAAUCACCAUCAGGUCAAGCGGAACAUGUAAUGUCUGAAAGUAGCAAACCGAUCGAAUCCGUUGAAUCAAUUGUGAAGGAAGAAUUGUUCGAUGUCACCUAUACGAAACUAGAGAUCGAACCCAUUCAGACUUCAGUGGUUCAGGACGUUGAAACUGAACUUGUAAGCACUAUUGGCGAAAUAACUAAGGAAACCCAAGAAACUAUAUCCGAGGACAUUCCUCGAAACGACGCAGUCCCUGCAGAAAGCGAACUGAAACAAAUUUCUGAUGAUACUAUGACCACUGGUGUGCUGAACCUGGCUGCUGGUACCUCGGAUUUGGUUCAUAAAACGGUGGAAGAUAUUACCCUCACGGCGGAACAAUUGGUGCAAGAAGUGCUGGAACACGCAGAGGAACUUGCGAAACAGCAAGAUCAAUACCCCGAGUUGCCCGAAUACGAUCCCGCAACUCAGAAGCUCGUCGAUGGUAUGGUUGUGGAGCGCUUCGAUCAUCCAGAAGUGAAGCAAACGGAAAUUGCUGAGGCGAUUCUGUCACACGAACCUUCUGAGGAGCAAGAUGCUGUUACCCAAGAGUCGACAGUGGAUGAAAUGGAGCUUGCAGCCGCUGUUGAGCAAACAUUGCUUGAGGAAGACGCGGGAGAAAUGGAUUCAAUUAGUGAAGACACAUCACUGAGCGUAGCAUCGGUAAUUGAGCAGCAACCUGCAGCAAAAGAAUCAGGAGAAGCUAAUACCGUGCCAGAUGUGGUACAUGCGACGGAUGAGACCACCGAUAGUACUUCUGGUGUUGGGACGUCGGUUGAAACUAAGAGCCAUUCAGUCAAUGAAACGGAAGCCGUUCAAGAUCCAGUCGAUGUCACCGAGACAGAAAACAAUGUGGAUGUAGCUGCAGUUGAAAAUACCGAGACGGAUGCAGUGAUCGAGCAACAGCCUGUACCAAAGCUAGCGGAAGAACAGGGCACACUUUCGGAAGCUCUCAUUACGACAGAACUCUUGACCAGUUGCACUUCAAGCGAACCCGUGUUUAUCGAACUAAACGAUCAGCCGACGGUGGAAGCCGAAACCGUGCUGGAGGAAACAAACAAGGUUGACGGGGCGGGAAACCGAUCUGGUGCAGCUGCAGCUGAUCGCAGCGAUAGCAAGAGCGUUUCCAUCGAAGAAGUACAUGACGAGGCGGCCAUAGUCGAUGAAGUGGAAGGCAAGGUAAUUGAGGAGCAUAUCAUACCCAUAAGCAUCGAAAAAGCUAGCACGUCCGAUACGAUGACCAUCACAGAGGUCACCGGUGACGAGGCGAUCGUUGAAUCGCCGAACGCUUCAAAGACGGCCAGUAACUUGCCUAGUCCCUCGAUCACGGCUGUCCCUGUGAUGGAUACAAUCGAGGAAAGGCAGGAAUCGGUUGAGCUAAGCCAUGAGAAGCUGCGCGAUCAUCCAAAGCAGCCCGAAAUUUCGCUCACCACGCUGGAGCACGUUACUAAGGAAGCUUUGGUCGAACGCACGCUAAACGAAGCUGCUGCUGUUGUGAAUGAAAUCGAAUCCAUCGUUGAUCAUAUCAUUACCGAAAAGCUUAUUCACAGUGGAGCAACCGAUGGUGCAGCGGCAACGAACGGUUUGCAAGAAUCAUCUCCCCAAGAACCCCCACGAUUGGCCGCUUCCGCUGCACUGAUCGUAGAAGCGAUCGAGUCCAAGUCAUCCGGUGUGCACAGCAUGGUUUCUAGUAGAGAUAGCACUCAGAACAUGCAGACCAUUACCGUCACUAAUGGGCUUACUACUAACCCGGACGAAACGAUUGGCGAUACUAAUACACCCGCUUCCGGCGAUUCCCUGCCGACCGUUUCACCAUCAUUCGCAUCCGCACCGACACCAUCAUCUGAUGCAUUUCCCGUUCCCGAACCAUCGGUGGUGCUGAGCCGCCCGGAAGUCGUUCCAAACGCAUCCACUAUUGCCAGUGUCAGUGAGACACAUAGUAUCAAUUUUGUCGCAGAUGAGCAGCAGCGGUCCAACGUAACAGCUGGACGGGAUGUCGUUGACAACGGCAUGCAAGGCAUUGAGCAGCGCGUCGCAGCCGCCGAUCAGCCGAAUGCAGCUACUACAACAAUUGGCCAAGUACCGACCAGUGUCAGCAACGUUACUAAUCCCAAAUUUCUCACCUUGAAUCUAGCUAACUAUAGCACUAGCGACAGUAGUGGUAACAAUAGCAAAAGCUCGUCCUUGUCGAUAGCUAAUCUCUCACAGUCGGGCGCUUCGUCGGCUGGCGGUGACAGUGCCGACCAGCUGAUGGAACUCGAACUGUUGCGUAAGAAAUUGGACGAAACGGAACGCGCUAUGACUAAAAUAAUCGCCAAUAUGGGCAACAUACCAAAGGGCCAGGAAACAAACGUGAACGCGGAUGAAUCCGUAACGGAGGAAAAAGAAACAGCGGCAGCAGCAGAAGUGAGCGCUGCGGCGGAAGAUCAUGCAAAGGUAUCGAAUGGACACGCGAUCAAACCAGCGGAAAGCGCUACCGAUAAUGAAUCAUCCGAAAGGGAAACGUCCGGUGGUGAAUCUUCCAGCGCGCAUAGCACGCCGGAGAAGAAACCGAAAAAGCGCGACACCAGCACGGAACGUGGUACGGUGAAGGUGAUGGCAAUGGAGGUGACGGCACAGCGCGAAAAUGGAAAGCGGCUCAGUCGGCCAUCGACACCACUGCUGCCGAUGGGUGGACACUCCGAUGCGGCAAACGCACCGACCGAAGAGCAGGAAACACGAUCGAUCGUUCUGGAUGGACGGUUACCGCACGAUUCGAAGAUCCUGGUGUCCGAUGCUGAAACGGCGGUGGAAAAACUCGAACCGGACAACUCCGAGGAGGAGGAUGACGCACCCGUGAUAUUGAGUGGCAAAAUGACACUGUCCUUGAUCAACAUGGAUUUCAUCGAGAAGGAUGCAACCGGUACUGUUGCAGUUGGUGAAAUUGUAACGGAACUACACAAGCCGCAAGAAGAACUUACGACAACGUCGUCCAAGGAUACCGAAUAGGCGAGCGUUUCGUUCGAGAAACUGCAAAAGUAUAACGUAUAACAUAUAAGUAUAUUUUUCUAUUGCCGGACACUCAAUAAACUUCACCAACUGUUACACAUUACUUGGGCAAAGCGUCUAAGCGUCUAACAGUAAUGAGCCCAAAGUCAAUAAAGCUAACUUUAAAAGCACACUUUUUAAAAACUCGUCUCGAGAUUAGCGCAAUGUUGCUCAAACACGUUUCUGUUUUGGAUUCUAACCGGACGUAAGACUAUACACAGAUGCCAAAUUAAAAGAGAGAUGGAAAGAUGGAUAAAAUGCUCAAACGCACGUAAACCGUUGCUAUAGUAAACGUUCAUUCGGGAGCCAGCCAGGUAGUAGCCGCUAAAGGUAUAUUUAAGCAAACUUACAGGAUUUCUACAGUUUGAUAAGUUACCUUUACAUCCAGGGAUGAGUUUUCUAGCAAGCAUUCAGUUGUUGGUUAGAUUAUGAUAUUUCAUUAUAUUUAUACAAUGCUCGUAUAUACUCGUCGUAUGCAUGAUGUUUCGGUAAUUCGAUAAUUCUUCACGUUUAUGUUUGUUGUCUUGCUUCGGUUAUUCGUCCAACAGCGUACCAGAAAAGAAUGAUUUUGUAAUCCCAAAGUUCGACUGAAUGGAAUAGAUGCUGGCAAAAAGCAUAUUUAUUGCUUACAUAGUUUAGUUCAUCCAUAACCCCCAUUUCAUCCAUAACGAUCAUAACGAUAGCAAAUGGUAGAGAGUGUAGAACUGUAGAGACAUAAUCAAGCUAUACAGGAGCAUUAUAUCAUUCUAGUAUGUUCUGUUUCAAUGAAUGGACGAUGAGCGAGCCUCUGGUCUCUGUUUACUGCAUGUCCAUUGUCCAGAUUAUGCUGCGUUAGCAAGAAAUAUAACAUUUGAAUGUAUGGAUUUAUUAUGAACGCAACCGCAAUAAAAUGAUUUAAAAUAAAUGCAAAUAGUA